GUACCUUGGCGGCUCACCUUGCGGCACCGCUGGAUGUCUCCUUGUAGUGUAUGCCCAUGCGGCAAGGUGCAGCAUGGCCGGCGCCGUGACUUAUCAAGGUCUGGUAGGCGCAGAUGACGCCAUGCUGGCCAGCAUCCCGGACCGGGAGGCACCGCUGCCGGCCAUCCGCCAGGGUGCCCACGGCGUUCGGUCCGAAGAGCCAGGGCGCUGCUCCCCGUCUGAUGACCUGGUCCUGCGCUCGGUGCCCAGGCCGCUGCCCAUCUACUGGCAGGAGCCUCGCACCGGCACCAACGAGGCCUACCCGCACUCCUUUGCCAUGAGCCCUCCGCAGUCCUGUGCGAUCCGCGCGGAUCCGCUGAUCUCCAGCGGAUCCUUGGCUGUUCCCACAUCACUGGAUGGCACGGCAAAGUGGCGGCAGGUGAGUCCGAGUCCGAGUCCGAUCACCGGUGCCACUUGGUACGGCACGUCAGUUGUGAUCCCACACACUGGCUGUGCUCCGAGACCAAGCGUAGAGCCUCACGCUUGCUCUCCGUGUACAACUGCGACGGCUCCCACGGUCUGGGCAAGUCAGCCUGAGGCUUCCAGAGCGGUGCAUGCGGAGCCCCCGCAGGUUUCGAGCCAAUCUCUGGGAGCCGCGCGUGCUCCUUUGCCCGUAGUUGAGCCUUGCUCUCCGUGUGCAACUGCGACGGCUCCCACGGUCUGGGCAAGUCAGCCUGAGGCUUCCAGAGCGGUGCAUGCGGAGCCCCCGCAGGUUUCGAGCCACACCCUGGGAGCCGCGCGUGCUCCUUUGCCUGUAGUGAACCAUCCGCCUGUCCGGGCAACGGCACCUAGUCCUUGGCAAGCCCGCAGCCUGAGCCCAUUGCCAAGCAGAGUUUGCUAUGUGUACCCGCAGGCGCCGGCUCCGGCGCCGGCAUUUCCCAUGGUACCUGCCGGCACGGUUCCCUUGGUGCCUGUGGGGCCCCCCGCCUCGCCGGCGGUUUCGCCGGCGCCGGCGGGCCCACGGAUGUUGCUUACAGCGCCGGUGGUCACUGCGCCUCCGCCGCCGUCGCUCAUGCAGUGCCAAGGAUACUGCAAUGUGCGUGCAGCUACCAGUCGCGGCGAACCGUUCGCUGCUUCACCGCGGGCGCAGGCAGGCAUCCGUAGCACGCGCAGCCUCAGCCCUCUCCGCUGCCUUCCGGUGAGGCAUAGUCGCCAGGGCUCGGUCGCCGAGACGGAGGCCCCCGCCAACUACGCGGAGCUGCUUGCAGAAGCUAAGAGGAGGCUGCAGGAGAAGGUGGACGCUGCUGUCUCCAGAAGUCUGGCAGCUGGGCAACGGGAGCAAUGUGAGUCGCGAGCUGACUCUGCGCCACCUUGGGCGCCCAGCGACACGAAGGCGACGAACGGCACACCUUGCGACGUCCGAGACACGCAGAUGGAAGCGUCGCCAAGCUCUCGGCUGGAGCCUUUGACGCUGGCAGCUUUCCCUUCCCCGUGCGGGGCGCGGCAUGAGAGCACCGGGCUGGCCAAGCUGAAGGCGUUGCUGGCAGAGAGCAAGCUCGAAUCCCCAAGAAGAAGGCCCAGCGACGGCUUCUCGAGCGCGAGCCGAGCCUCUCAGCAGGCCGGAUCGCUGCCGGAUCCCUUGCCGGGCCCUGGUCAGUGUGGACGAGGGUCAGCCUUCCAUACUCCGAUGCCCUCCUCCUUUUUCACGCCGCGGCAGUUGGACGCUCGCACCAGCGAUAGUCCGAGGGGCGCUGUGUUGGACAAUCUGACGGAGGACCGGGUGCUUCACUCCAGGUCUUGGAACGAGAGCAGGAUGAGUGUGGUCUCCUGGCCAUCGGAGUAUUUCGAGGACCGGAGGCUUCCUUCCAAAUGCGAGAGCAGGCCGAGUGUCGUGUCGGACUAUCCGGAGGACGUAGGCCAUCGGCGAUCCCAGGACCCGCUGCAGUCCAGAUCUCGGAACGAGAGCAGGCCCAGCGUGGUGUCUUGGCCUUCGGAUUCUGAGGCGUUUCAGGCGCCGGAAAUGCAGGCUUCCAGGAGCCUUUCGCGACUGGAGGCCCAUUUGGCAGAGCAGGGCUCACGAGAGGAGGCAGAGCCCAGAGGUGCUGGGGACGUAGCUGGUGGCUCGCGUGCAAAGGACGCGCAGGACUUCCAACUGAAGCUCAGUGAGUGGGAUGGUUCAAUCAACCCGCGAGCGGCCGAUUUUUCUUCACCGUCGGUGUUUGGGUAGGGCCCGCGUCCUCGGCCGGAUUCGUUUCGCGGAGUGACCCGUCUGUUUGAGCGUCUGCGUUUCGCGAUGCAGACGAAAUGGCCGGGAAGGGGUCGCUACCCGGUUGUAGGCAGUGGGGAAGUUUGCCAGCGGUUUACGAAGAGCCAAGCCUCAAGGCUUCAAACUCGACCAUGCAGCAACCUGCUCAGCAGUCAGG